AUAGUGCGGGAAAGGGGAAGGGUUGAUGCUCAAACGUCUUAUCAUAUCACGUGAUUGUACAUGUCAUCUACUUCCUAACACUUGAAUAUACAUAUCACACCUCAGGGUCUGUAGCAUAGUGGUAGACGGUGUCAUACCUGUGUGUUUUUUUGGAAAUUGGUGAAAUACCUCUGUUCGCGGAUAAGUGUAGUUCAGCGUCUUCCAGUGUCCCACGUGUGCCGCGCUCGUCACCUUCACGCAGGUGAUGAUGCCGUAGACGCCGUCCGCAGCGGCCGGCGCCUCUGGCCUCGUCGACGCCUUCGGGAGCUUCUCUCGCCUCGCACGGGCCAUGAAGAAGUCCAAGGGCAUCCGCUCCACUAUGAGUUAUUUCUCCGAUGCCCCUUCCUACCCUGACGAAGAACCCCCGCCCUUUUCCCAGCGCCAGUACCCGCCCAGCUACAACUACCCUCCGGACUACCACAACUACCCCACGGCCCCGAGAGACUACUCGAUGCGGGGAGCCAACAGGGACUACCCGAGCGAGAGGGACUACCCGCCGGAGGAGAGGACCUUCCCCAGCAGGCCGAUGGAUUUCCCGAGCCGACCGAGCGACUACCCGCCCGGCCCGCCCAGCUACCAGAACGAGCCCAGGGACUACCCCCACGACAGGGAGUUCCGCCGCAACCCCCCGGACUACCAUAGCGGCGGGAGGGACCUUCAGAACGGACCCGGACCUCGCCACGCAGGACGCAGCGACUACUCGGCUGGUGCUAGGGACUACUCCGAUGGUGCUAGGGACUAUUCAGAAGGUGCUAGGGACUACUCUACAGGUCCCAGGGAAUACCGGCGAAUGGAAAAGGACUAUUCGGGUCAGCAGAGGUAUAGCACCAGUCCGCGACACCGCUACAGGAACGCGGAGGACUACCACUACGACUACCGAGGAGGCUACCGGCCCUCUCUGGACUCAGACCCCCGUGAUGGCUAUACCACGGAUGGCAGCGGUUCGGGCUACAGAGAGGGGAGCAUAAGAGGUUUCGAAAACUAUCGGUACCCUGAGAGCGAGGCGCUUCUGCCCCGGGAUCGUCUCAGCAACCCGUUCUCCUAUCAAGCAAAUGGUGCUACUUACACGAAAGGUAGGGACAGCUGA